AUGCCCACUGUUACUAACAACUCACCUACAGAUACAACAUUGCCAUCGACUUCCACUCAUCCUAUGACAACAAGACUCAAGGCAGAGAUCAGGAUACCAAAGGCCUUGCUUGCUGUGUAUGAACCAAAGUCUGUUAAAACAACAUUGGAAGAACCUCACUGGUUUGAAGCAAUGUCCACAAAGAUGUUUGCGUUAAAGAAAAACAAGACAUGGGUGCUAGUUCCCUUACCUGAAAAUCAAACAUGUAUAGGCUGCAAGUGGGUUUUGAGAAUAAUACAAAAUACAGAUGACUCAUUCAACAGAUGCAAAGCAAGGUUCAUGGCCAAAGGCUUUCAUCAACAGGCUGGGUUUGAUUUUUCAGAGACAUUUAGUCUUGUGGUAAAGCCAAUAACCAUCAGAAUGUGCUCAACAUAA